AUGUGCCAAGGUGACCACUUCUCUCCUUGUCCUGUCGCUCUGAUCGUGGUGGCAGCAGAGAAUCAUUGCCACCCGUACGGACACACUCCGGCGUCUACCCCCCUCCACCUGACCAGUUGGCGCGAGUAUCGGGAUCGCAUCCUGGUCCCUCCAUCCAUUUUGGGUAAUUCACUGCAUCAUUCACAAAUCCGCCGGCUAUCUUACUACUACUACUACUACUACUACUACUACUACUACUACUACUACUACUACUACUACUACUACUACUACUACUACUACUACUACUACUACUACUACUACUACUACUACUACUACUACUACUACUACUACUACUACUACUACUACUACUACUACUACUACUACUACUACUACUACUACUACUACUACUACUACUACUACUACUACUACUACUACUACUACUACUACUACUACUACUACUACUAUUCCCUCUCCGAGCGCAUCUUGAAACGGCCGUGGUAG